CAAACAUCACACAUGACUACAUUUAGGCUUACACAUUGAGAGAAUUUGAUGAGUUUGCUUAGAUGAACAGUUCAAAAGUCAAAACUGGAACUUGGACGGCUGACAAGAAUAUGCGAGACAUUCCUUACCUUUGCCGAGCGGCUGAGACAUGUGAUCAAAUCAGUCCCGCCACCAGUCGACUGAGGAGCUGAUGGCGAGUGUAACCAGCGUUUCAUCUUCUCCCCUCUUCAAUAAUUCGUCUCUUCUCUUGUUCUCUCGUUCCAAUUCACUCUCACCCACCUUGCAAUUCAAGGGCGUUUGCCAUCGGGAAUUGGUCUUGCUCCGAUCGCGCUCCUCGUCGGAUAAAGAUAUUGACGUUGAAAAAGAAUCCAAGAUGGAGUUAUUGUCUCCUCCUACCAGUGAUUCGAGCAUUUCUUCAUACAAUUGGUGUGCAUUCCUAGGGGGGAUUGGGUUCUUGGAAACUUCUUACUUAACACACGCCAAGCUCUCUGGUUCUGAUGCCUUUUGCCAUGUUGUUGGUGGCAGCUGCAGCAACAUGCUUAACAGCAGCUACUCGCUUGUAUUCGGAGUUCCACUUCCAUUGAUGGGUAUGGUUGCAUAUGGAUUAGUUGCAGUACUUGGGCUGCAAUUAGGAAGAAAGUGGUUGCCACUUGGAAUUGAAGAAGCUAAUGCGCAAUUUCUUUUACUUGGCACGACGACUUCUAUGGCUGCUGCUAGUGCAUACUUUUUGUACAUCCUAAAUACGAAAUUCCCUGGGGAGUGGUGUUUAUAUUGUUUGACAUCUUCUGUAUUAUCCUUCAGUUUAUUGUAUGUCACUCUAAAGGGGUUGGGUAUCAAGGAAAUGAAAAAAGAAUUGGUUUUACAGCUAUCUGUAGUGCUAUUGGUGGUUGUUGCGUUACAUAGUUCCUAUAAUCAGCAUGCCCCUCAGCUCACAAGUUCUGAGGCAGCUGAGCUGCCAUACUUCACCACUGAGAUCACAACUCAUUCAAGUCCUUAUGCUAUAUCUUUAGCAAAACAUCUAAGUUCAGUUGGAGCAAGAAUGUAUGGAGCUUUCUGGUGUUUGCAUUGUCAAGACCAGAAACAGAUGUUUGGGAAAGAAGCAGCAGCUCUAUUGAACUAUGUAGAAUGCUUUCCUACUGGGAUGAAGAAAGGAACCACUAUGGCUUUGGAAUGCGAACUUGUUAAGAUUGAGGGGUUUCCAAUGUGGGUGAUUAAUGGACAGGUCCUAAAUGGAGAGCAGAAACUAUCUGACCUGGCUAAGGUGUCAGGAUUCCAAUAUGAUGAAUCAAGUUUAGCUAACUGACCUUGAUUGCUUGAACUAACCAAACCUUGAGAAUUGCUCUAUAUUCUUAUAGUAGCUGUGGGGAAGUGGAUUCCCGUCUAAAGUAUAGUACUCUUUGCAGGUUUGUUUUAAUCUACUCCGUACUUAGAAAGACAGCAAUAAUGACGGAUCAGAGAUAGAGUUUCGGUGUGGUGUUAUGGACUUGGUGCCAUUGUAGUAAAAAAUUGACAUGUCAGUUUUCUUUGGUGCCCUCAUGUAGAAACAAAAAAGAAUAUAUAGAAAGGUGCCUUGCAAAUUAUGAGUUUUGAGGACAAAACUGGUAGUGACAUGGAAUGUUAUGUAUAUUAGGCUUGGUGAAUAAAAUAAUAAGCAUGCCCAAUAUUAGUGAGAUACAACGGUAGACACAUGAGUAGGCCGAGAAGGCCUAUUAGCCUACAUAAUGCUCCGUAUUGAGGUUUUGU